AUGCCUUCCUUGCUUGUCGCGCUGUUGCUGCUGGCGGCAAUCCAAAGUGCUUGGGCUGGCGUGCUUUGUUCUUGGACUAGUGAUGAAUCUACAAAGAAUCUUCCGAGUGGGUGGCGCGAUGGCCUGAGAAGUUUGCAUGAUGCCGCAGGGUGUGAAGGCUACAACAGCGCUGCGCGCGCAAUACCGGGAAGCAUGGCAGAACUGCUGCAAGCGCUAAACAUUGAAGAUGACGGGACCGACGCAGCAGUGGAUAGGCAAAGACUAAAAAGGAGUUAUCGUGAGCUAUCAGUGAAGCAUCACCCUGACAAGUCCCAAGAGUCCUCUCGGUUUCAGCAAUUGCGAGAAGCCUAUGAGAUCCUUGACGACCCUGUCAAGCUGUUGCUGUAUGACAGCGGAGGCCCGGAACUGGUGCGGAAGUAUGAGACGGACCCAGACGAGGUGCCAACAACGGAAAAUCUGGAGGUAUCCCACAGCAUUCGUCUGGAGGAGGCCUACACAGGUGGUGAUUAUACCUUGGGUCUCAGCAAGCAGGUUGUGUGCCUCUCAUGUAGAAAGCAACCGCGUUUGCCUCGAUGCCGACAGUGCAAGGCUUGUCCAGAAGAGGUCCGCUUGCGACAGGUCUGGAUAAGCCAGUGGGAGUAUUAUAUGGAGGAAGUGCUUGUGCCCAGCCCAGAGAGGUGCAGGCAAGCGGAUCUUGACUUGAACGUGACGAUCGAGAGGGGUGCCGCCACAGGAGACCGGCUGCGAUUUGAGUUCAUGGCAGCCCAGCUGCCAAAACACAUCCCUGGAGAUGUGCUCGUCACGUUGCAGGUCCUUAAGCAUCCUGUGUUUAAGCGAAGGGGCUCGGACCUUAUCCUCACUCUGCGCAUAUCCCUCUUGGAGGCCCUUGUUGGUUUUCAGCGGGAGGUGGUCCACCUUGAUGGCCGCAGGCUACGAUUGUCUGUUCCACGAGGUAGCGUCGUGCACCCUGGAAGUGCCCUGGAGAUCUCAGGAGAGGGCAUGCCACUGCAUGAGGAUGCAUCCACUUCCGGAAGCCUGCUAGUAGAUUUCCAGAUUGACUUUCCGGACUAUGUGGACCAUGCCACUGCAGCGCAGCUUGAAAGAGCAUUCUCAAUGUGA